AUUAAAAACACAUUGUGACUUUUACACACGCCGAACGUAAAUCUCGUUCAAUAAAGAUUUUUGUUAAAAUAAUUGGAAAAUAAAAAAAAAUCAUGUCAAAAAGUGAUAGUGAAGAUGAACCAAUGUCAACGGAGCCCGUUGACAAUGCUUGGUCAUUGAAACUACCGGAAUUUAAACGCGAACACAAUCCGAAUGGUUUGCUGGAGGAAAGUUCGUUUGCCACAUUGUUUCCGAAGUAUAGAGAAAAAUACCUUAAAGAAUAUUGGCCAUUGGUGGAAAAAACAUUGUCCGAACAUUUCAUAAAAGCCGAAUUGGAUUUGGUGGAAGGUAGCAUGUCGGUGAAAACAACACGAAAAACAUGGGAUCCAUAUGUCAUCAUCAAAGCCAGAGAUAUGAUAAAAUUAAUGGCACGGUCAGUGCCAUACGAGCAAGCAAAACGCGUGUUAGAAGAUGAAAUUGGUUGCGAUAUCAUCAAAAUUGGUAAUUUAGUUUCGAAAAAGGAGAAAUUUGUGAAGCGACGCCAACGUCUAAUCGGCCCAAAUGGUGCAACAUUGAAAUCAAUUGAAUUAUUGACCGAUUGUUACGUAUUGGUACAAGGGACAACGGUUGCUGCACUCGGCCCAUACAGAGGUUUACAACAAGUGCGUCAAAUUGUUAUCGAUACAAUGGAAAAUGUACAUCCAAUUUAUAAUAUCAAAGCGCUGAUGAUCAAACGCGAAUUGGCAAAAGAUCCAAAGCUAAAGGAUGAAGAUUGGACGCGAUUUUUACCGACAUUCAAGAAUAAAAAUAUCAGCAAACGUAAACAACCGAAGAUUAAGAAAGUCAAAAAGGAAUACACACCGUUCCCACCGCCGAUGCCGCUCAGCAAAAUCGAUAUGCAAAUGGAGUCGGGAGAAUUCUUCCUCAAGGAGCAUGAAAAGAAAGCCAAACAACAAAAAGAACGUCGCCAGAAACAAGCCGAAGCCGCCAAAGCACAAAUCGAACGCAGAAACAAAGACUUCAUCGUACCGGACGAAUCAAAACCAUCUACUAGUAAAACAGCUACUGGAAAUAGUUCUGUGGAUGUUAACUCGCUUAAGGCUAAAAUCAAAAAGGCAACGAAAAAUAAAUAAAUUUUUACGACAUUUCUUUUAGCCAUUUAUUCAAAUGUUUCUGUAAUUAUUUU